UCACGAAAAUAACGCGUCACCAAAAAAAACCAAAAAAAAAACAUGGCGGACUAAUGGUUGCAUGGAGUCCGCUAUUUAUCACUCGUCGUCGAUAAAUGGAAGCUUGUUUCUCCAAGCAGGCGACACAUUCUUGAACAGGGCAAAAUGUUUCGCCGAUCAAGAUUUAGUUUUCGGCCCAAUGUCAGUACGGCAGGGAGAACAGCAGCAGCAGCAGCACCUCAGGAAGCCCCUCCAGCAAAUCAGGAGGCCAGUGAGACCCCCAGAGACGUCAGUGAGAGCAGCCCUCCUCCUGCUGUGACAGAUACCAAGACUGUUGUGACUCCAUCAGAAAAACCUACAGCCCCUGGAGAUGGCAAUGACCAAAACGGGGAAGGUACCAGCUCCUCAGCUGCAGUCCAGAGAAGGAAGCGGUUUUCUGUCAAGCCCAAAGUGGCCCCAGGGCGCACCUCUGCCCUUUCUCGGACACCAAAGUCUCCUGUCAAGGCGGUCUCUGAAACUCCCGUUGAAGUCCCCGUCUCACACCUUGAUAAGCCAACAACAUCCAGCCAAACUGGUGCUGCAGCAGUCCCUCAAGGACUCCAGUCCCCCAAACGACGAAGGCCUUCAGGAGAGAGUAAGCAGCCCAAAGUGCAACCUCCACCCACCCCGAUACCGUCUGACUCCCCAGGACCUUCAGCUGUCCCUCAGGCUGAGGAAUCACCAGAACAAACCAACCUGCCAACAGACAGCGGCAAACAAUUAGAAAGCAAGUCAGGCACUCGAGGAAAAGACGUUCCUCCCAGACCAUCUGACAAAGUACCCCCCUCUCUACCAGACAAAGAAGCUGUUGAAAUAUCGGAGAAGGCCAAGACUCUCGUGUCAUUAAAGAGCGGACUUUCACUGUCACCAUCGGCGUUCUCCUUGAGUAGACUCCUGAAUGACCCGUCUGACUUACAGAGACUGGCGAAGGCCCAAAAGCUCAGAGAGUUGCUCAAACAGGAGAGACACAAAGAAAAGAAACUCAAGAAAGCUAAGACACGUCCAAAGGAAUAUACUUUAGAUCCUGCCAAAAUGACCAUGAGGGACCUUAUCCGUUACCUGCCACUGUCCAACCCCAUGACAUCUAGUUUAGAGGAGUCGGUUCAGGAGAAUGAGACUGUGGUUCCACCUUCACCAGUAAGAGAAGAGUCUCCGGAGAGAGCGCAGGAACCCGAAGACCUCCCUAAAGUGGCAAGCCCGAGGGGGGAGGAGGAAGAGGAGGUGGCAGAGGAGGAGGACCAGGAUGAUUCGCUCAUGGUUCCCCAGGUCAAAGUAGCAGAGGAUGGCUCACUGAUCAUUGAUGAAGAGAGCUUGACGGUGGAAGUCCAGCGAGCGAAAGGACCAAACCCAGCACAGGAUCGAGACCCUAUCUUUGAGCGUGGGUCCACUACAACUUACUCGAGCUUCAGGAAAGGGACCUAUUCGAAACCCUGGUCCAGUGAAGAGACAGACAUGUUCUUCCUGGCAAUUAGUAUGGUGGGGACAGACUUUUCCAUGAUUUGUCAACUGUUUCCUCACAGAGCUCGAUCAGAGAUAAAGAACAAAUUCAAAAAAGAAGAACGAGAGAACGCCUGGAGGAUUGAUAAAGCUUUCAGAGAGAGGCGCAAGCUGGACAUAGAGUAUUUUUCUAAGUUGCUAGAAAAAGUUCUGGAGUUUCAGAAAAACAGGAAGAAACUGAAGAAACUCACUGAGAAGAACUCUCCCAAGAAGCACAAGAGAAAGGCAAAGGGUAAAAAAGCUGCAAAGAAACUGAGUGAUGUGGAGGAGGAAGAUGAGGAAGAUGAGAAUGAAGUCCCUGACUUGGAGGAUGAGGAGGAGGAGGGAGAGAAAGAGAACGAGGAUCUCUGUAAUGAAGGAGGAACCCCUGUUGCUAAGCCUAAGAGGCAACGCAAAAGAAAGACUAAACAGGCUGCCAUGAACGAGGAGCCAAAUGAGAAGAAAAAGAAAACAGAUGAACAGAGCAGUGAACAAGGUGAGGCCUGCACACCUGAGCAAACUGAGGCAGCGCUCCCCGAAGACGGUACAAGUCCAGACAUGUCUGAAAAGACUGACAGUGUGGAUGCAUCCAAGGACACCGCAAUCAAGCCAGCUAAACUCUCACGAGGCAGAGCACCAAAGCCACUGCUGCCUUUGGGCAGGAAGUGGGGUAAAAAGGCCCCACCACCCUCCACAAAGGCCAAAGACACUGCAUCAGACAAAGGGGACGAGAGUGUGAGCGAUGGAGCCUCUAAAGAACAGGAGAAUAAAGAUUCAUCACCAUCAAGACAAGCCAAUAAGAGGAAGUCGGCCAAUACUGACAUUUCCUCUGAAGAAGAGGAUGCCGCUGUCCAACAUCCGAGACCUACCAGGUAUGGGAGAGUGCCCAAACCCAUCAAUCCCUUGAAUUACCCCGCCAAAGAAGAUGCACACACCUCUGCAACUGAACCCACUCCCAGCUCACCAGAGGGAUCCACUGCUUCUGUUGCCAAGCCUAAACCCAAAUGCUCAGCCAAGAGGGGAAGAUCUUCAAAACAAAAAUCAACCCAAGAGUCCAAAAAGCCCAAACUAGUGACCCUCAGGGCCACUCGGUUAGAUUACAGUGAUGACGAGGAUGAAAAGCAGCGGGAUCAUGAAGAGAUUGAGGAGGAGGAGGAGCACCCUGCAUGUAGCCCCAGUAAGGACAGCAUUGCCCCUGUGUUCGUGCCUGCCAGCCUGCGCUCCCCACAGCCUGUGAUUUCAGAGGUGGAAGAGACUAUGGAGGAGCUUGAUAUCUUGGCCAAUAUGCCUGAUGUGUUGGGCAUCUCCCAAGAUGCACUUUGCCCCGAUGCCUCUUGCGAGCGGGCACAAAAUGAGACAGGCACAACUGAACCAUGUGAACAUCAAUUGGACCUGCUGGUUGAUGUUAUAGACUUCCUUUCUUCAGAACACACAGAAGUGUCGGAGGACGAGAGCUACAAUGAGGCCGCUCAAACCCUGUUGACCAUUGGCAACCUGACUCACCUGCCUCAGUCAGUACAGAAUCAACUAGACACACAAGAUCACAUAACAGGGACAACAUCAGUCAGUGUGAUAGAAACCACACAACACCUAGAAGAAGAAACUGCACCAAAGCCUGCUGCACUGCAAGAGGAAAACAGUGCCACUCCUCUUAUGUCUGGUCAUGGAGUCACAGAAACACCAGAGACUGUUGCUACUGUGGAUCCACAAUACAGCACAACAGACGGGGAUAAUUUUUCCAUUAUUAAAACCAGUGAUCAGAUAUGUGUCGAGCAGAGCACUGUUUCUGAUAUGGACCCUAGUCCUCAAUUACAGUCAGGUCCGGAGAGCUCAAAGAAAGAUUCUCCACAGACCAGGAGAGGACGCUUAUCUAAGGUGAAACCUAAACCUAACCUUGGACGAGCCUCAAGGACCGCACAAGCCAAAUUCCCACCAGACACGUCAACAGCACAGAUAGCUGAAGACAGCAAUACAGAAGGAACCAAUAUUCAAGUCACUGACUCCCUAUCAGCUCCUGAAGAAACAGCCCCUAAGACACCAGAGUAUUCUCCAAUGUUGUUAAUAGGUGACACCGUCAGUCAGGUAGAGUCAGGUGCAACAACAUCAGAAAACCAGAGUCAAUGCAGAGACGCCAACCCAACUCCAAUCUCCAAAGUCCAUGACAAACCAAUUACAGGGGUUGAACUGGAAGCAACUUGUGACACCUCCCUUGAAAACCCAAGUCAAAGCACUGGUCCUCCAUCCUUUGACUUGGGCUCUACUCUUACACCCACAGAUGAACUGUCUACAACUGAGGGGGGAAGGACGGAUGAUGGACUUGUUGGUCAGGUAUACUUUGUUACAGCAACAUCAGAUCAGAGCACCUCAGAAAACCAGAACCUUUCUGAAGACCUUUUUGAAGAAAGUAAAACUCAUGGUGAAACGACUGAGAGUAGUAAUAACCUGGUGACAUCUGACUCAGCUCUCACAGAAUCAGAGGUUGGACAUGACACAGCCCCAGUCCAAGAGAGUAGUGAUCAACCUGUUACAUGUGUUACACCUGUAGAUGAUGUACCUGUCAGUCAGAAAUCGGAGAGUGAAGUCGCAUCUACAUCUACAUGCCAGUCCAGAAGGAGUCGGCUGCAAAAAGUCAAACCUAAACCAAACCUACCAAAGACAUCAAGAACUGCUCGGUUGACACCUCAAACCACAAAAGAUCCUUUAGAGAAAGACUCCAGCCCAACUCCAGUCUCCAAAGUACCUGACAAACCAAUACCUGAGGUUGAACCAGAAGCAACUUGUGACACCUCUCCUGAAAACCCAAGUCAAAGCACUGGUCCUGCAUCAGUUUGUAUACCAUCAUUUGACUUGGGCUCUACUCUUACACCCACAGAUGAACUGUCUACAACUGAGGAGAGUAGGACAGAUGAUGGACUUGUUGGUCAGGUAUACUUUGUUACAGCAACAUCAGAUCAGAGCACCUCAGAAAACCAGAACCUUUCUGAAGACCUUUUUGAAGAAAGUAAAACUCAUGGUGAAACGACUGAGAGUAGUAAUAACCUGGUGACAUCCGACUCAGCUGUCACAGAAUCAGAGGUUGGACAUGACACAACCCCAGUCCAAGAGAGCAGUGUUCAACCUGCUACAUGUGUUACACCUGUAGAGGAUUUACCUGUCAGUCAGAAAUCGGAGAGUGAAGUCGCAUCUACAUCUACAUGCCAGUCCAGAAGGAGUCGGCUGCAAAAAGUCAAACCUAAACCAAACCUACCAAAGACAUCAAGAACUGCUCGGUCGACACCUCAAACCGCAAAAGAUCCUUUAGAGAAAGACUCCAGCCCAACUCCAGUCUCCAAAGUACCUGACAAACCAAUACCUGAGGUUGAACCAGAAGCAACUUGUGACACCUCUCCUGAAAACCCAAGUCAAAGCACUGGUCCUGCUUCAUUUGAUUUGGGCUCUACUCUUACACCCACACAAGAACUGUCUACAACUGAGGAGAGAAGGACAGAUGAUGGACUUGUUGGUCAGGUGUACUCUGUUACAGCAACAUCAGAUCAAAGCACCUCAGAAAACCAGAACCUUUCUGAAGACCUUUUUGAACCCAGUAGUAGAGACACAGGGUCAACCUCUGAGUCGACAGAUGAAAAAGGGACAACUUGCGGUAAAACGACUGAGAGUAGUAAUAACCUGGUGACAUCUGACUCAGCCGUCAGAGAAUCUCAAGUUGAGGAAGACACAGCCCCAGUCCAAUGGAGGAGUGAUCAACCUGCUACAUGUGUUACACCUGUAAAGGAUUUACCUGUCAGUCAGAAAUCAGAGCGUGUAGUCACGUCUACUUGCCAGACUAGGAAAGGUCGAUUUCAAAAAGUCAAACCCAAACCAAACCUAACACAAACAGCAAGAACUGCACAGUCUAAACCUCAAACCACAAAAGACCCUGUGACGCAUAUGCAGCUUGUGGAGAGACCCCCAAGCCCAAUUUCAAAGUCUGGAUCAACUGACAGUACAAUAGCAGCGGUAGAAGAACAGCCAAUUUGCAGUAUCACACUUCCUAUAAAACCAAGUCAAAGUACUGACACUGCUUCAGUUUCAGUACCAUCGUUGGAAUUGUGCACGACUGAUAAACCCGCAGAGGAAUCGCCCUCAACUGUGGCACACAAGACGGAUGUUGGACUAAACUCAAGCUCAGAGAGUUCAAAACCAGCUGUAACUCAAAGAAGACGACACUUUCCCAAGGUCAAACCCAAUUUAGGAUCGUCCACCAGAACUACACAGACAAAAUUGCAGCCAAAGAAUAUCAGUAAACCCUCUGAACAACAAUAUACGGACACCUCUUCACAUGUAACUUCGGAACAACAACCUGUCGACAAUUCACAAACAGAAGUGAAAUUUGCAGAGAAAGACCUCAGCUCGGAUUCAGAGAGGACACUGGAAAGCACAAAUGAUGAGUAUACAUCCUCUGAUGAUGCUCUGGCAGCAUCUUUGGUCGCUGAGAAUCAGUCAGUGUUGACAGACUCCGUUCCUGAAAAUAAAAGCAGUGAGAAUUCCAGUUUUGAAAGGGACUCCCCAGGGGACAAAAUGUCAAAUAAUGACGGGGUUGAGGCUGGGCCUUCUUCACGUGGGGAUGUGUCCACUAGAGUUUCAGAGUCAAAUACCCAACCACCAGAUGAUCCAGCUGCAGUUUCAGACGUUCAAUCUUCAGAAGAGGGCUCCACAGAGUCAAAAAUAAAUCCUGUAUUGGCUGCUGGCGCUUCCUCCAUACCAGAUCCAAAAGAAAGUGGCCCUCAGCCACGUUCAGAGAGUGACUCUGAGGUAAAAAGUCAAGAUGCAGCCCAACAAUAUUCAGAAGCCAGGGAAACUAAUCAAACAUCAAACGACAAAUCUCAAUCUCCCCAGACCGCUAACGAUGCAGAUGCAAAAGCCCCUCAAACUCCCAGAGGCAGGCUUAUUAAACCCAAACCAAACCUGGGACCCAGCAGCGGAACUCCACAAGUCCAGAGCACAACACAAGCAGAAGCAGAUUCUGGUAGUCACUCAGAAGAUGUGCAUGCUUCAGUUUCUCACGAACCUGUGUGUGAGCUCCAACCUGACAUUCAGGAACCAGUAGAGGGAGCUGUUGAACCACAUAUUAGCCAAGAGUCCUCUCUAAAUGAUUCUGGGUCCUUGCUGGGCUGUUUAACAGAAAUCAUUGAACAACUGAGUCAGCAUGACUCCCCUAGAAAUGAUGCUGGAUCCUCUCUGGGUUGUGUGACACAAGCACAGGACCAUUCUUCUCAGAGCACAUCAACAUUGAGUAUAGAGGGGACCCAAAGUCGUCCAAGUCUCACCAUAUUUCCAGAGAUGCUGUCGGAGCAGGUGCCUUCAGAUCCAGACGAACCGUUUUUCAUCCUCUCACUGACUGAGAUCCCAGUCUGCUCAUCAGGGCAGGUGGUGGACAGUGCAGCCGAGCCCCUCCCUUAUCUUCCUGCAGCAGAUGCAUCGAUAGAGCACCGCAGCAGUGUUCCUGGAGAGAGUUUGGCAUCAGCGGGAGAGGGGUCUCUCUCUGAUGUCCCUGUGCUCAUGUGCACGGAGGAGAGUGGUGAAGUGGGCCACGUCGGUGUAAAAGAUGCUGGGCCGGACCCAGCUGCAUAUAUAGAUUCGAUCACGGAGAAUCCAGUGGAUCCACCUGAGAGUACCACGUGCCAGCCACCUGAAUCACCAGAGACUGCAGAGAAAAAUGAAGAGACUGAAAUCUCCCCCACCAAGCAGAGACUAACUAGAAGAAGAGCCAAACUGCAGGUUAAGCCCAAUGCUACAAGGAAGAAACACGCCGGCAAGAGCCUUGCUACAAACACCGACCGGGACUCCGAACUUCCCGAGGCUUCCACGCAGCCGGACGCCUCUGAUGCAACCGCAAAACAAGAUGACGAGGUUGACGCUGAGCCACAGAAAAGAAGCGGUGACCAUGUAAACAUUAAAAAGGAGGGUCCGGCGGGUGAGAAGGACCCUGAGGAUCGCAGCUCUGGAGCGCAAACUCGUACUACAAAGACAAGGGCGACCAGCGUCGGGAAUAGCGCUGCCCCUUUAAAUGAUCCUUCACCAGGCGACGCAGCUUCCAGGGGCCCUAAGGUCAAAACUCCUCGCACAACGAGAAAACACUCUACUCCAGCGACACCUGUAGCUUCAACAUCACACAAUUUCGCUUCCACACCCAAUCAGACACAGCUGCCAGACGACACCCACUCACCCUCUACCACUUCAUUAGCACUAACAGAGGUGGAUAUUGAACUGACACCUGAACACAACCGACUAUGCUCAGACUCAACUCCUAGCACUUCCCAGUCCACAGAUGAGGUUUCAGCUUCCCAGGGAAGUGACUGCGUGGAGAGCGGCUCUGCAGAGGAGGAGCCCACCAGUGUGUCUCAGUACUUCUUAACCGACAUUUUUACAGAGGUGGAAGAGGGAUAAAAAGCCAGAGCGAGGUGGAGUAAGAUCUGCCAGUGGCUCAAUUUUUCGUUGUGUGAAGUUUUCUCUGUAAAGGUUAAUUUAUAACAAAAAAAAGCAAUUUUUUUUGUUUUGUUUUGUUUUGUUUUGUUGUCGGUUGUUAUAAAGUGAAGCAAAAUUUCCUGUUCUGACAAACACAUUUUCAUUUUCACUUUAACGAGCGCUUGUCAAAGUGAAAAUGUGUUUGUCACAUUAAUAACAAGAACUGGUCAAUCACUAGUUUGACUGAAGGAGGUGGCAGCUUUUUCCCAAUAGUCCCAUCACUUUUCAAGCCUCAGAUCUUAAUUUGUUUAUUAACCAGCUGUGACUAUGUAAAUAUUGUACAUUGCCAACUGGAUUUUGUUUUUAUUUUUCCUCCCAUAUUGAUUCAGUUUUAACACAACAUGAGUGUCAGGAAGUAAAACAUAACCACAUUAGUCGACAGCAUGCACAAUCGUACAUUUAAAUAUAUUACCUUUUCAACGGCUCUUCUGUGAAUUUCUCUCCUAAUUUUGAAUAAUUUAUUCUAACAACAUUUUUCUUUUAAUUUGUUUCUGAUGAAAAAAUUAUGUCUUAAAAUUGGCUUUUCAUUUAUAAAACAACGACAUGAGAUAUAGAAUAUAAUUUAGUCACAUUGCAUCAAUAUGUUAUUAAAAUUCACUCCGUUGAGAGCAGAGGUAGUCAAAGGUUACUCAAGGAAAAUAACUAGACAUUUUGUUAUAUUGUAUAUAGUGUAGAUCAGUUGAACACACCAAGAUGUCCUUGUACAGAUAUGCAGCAAUCAGAUUGUUAUGUUUGAUACUUGAAACAAAAACACAUCAUGUGUGUCCUUAAAUGUUUCAUUAACUCGUUUAAAGUAAAACAUUUGAAAUCUCCUCCAUGAUCUGAAUAAAAUGUUUUGCUCCACCACCGCUGGAUUCAGUCUUUAUCACGACGAUGACUGUACACGAUCUCCAAUACCGCAACUCAUGACCUCACAGAUUAGUGGAAUCACAUCUCUCUGACUCAGUUGCUAAAAAUGGUACAUUGCUGUUUGCUGUAUGUAAAAUUAUUUUUGAAGCACUCCUGUGUACUUUCUAUUUAAUAAAUUGUAGAAACUGAA